CGCAGCUUUGCGAUCCUCUCUCCUUUUUUUAUUUCGCUCAUUUUCCAUCUCAGGCUCCCCUCACUACCCCAUUUCAAGAAUUCUUUUCUUUAAAAACCUGAUUUUGUAUCGUGCUUUACUGACACAGUUUGGAUGGAGAUGCGCACAGUGAGGUUCUAGGAUUUUUCUUCUUCUUCCUCUCCUUCUUCUUCUUCUUCUUUUUUUUGCUGGUACAAUGUAAAGUUGCCACAUGACACCCACUGGCGCGCUGCUGUUGGGUGAUUUUACUCGAGGAUAAGACGCAUUCAAGACGUUUUCAAGAUCAAACCACGAGGCAGCAGCAACAAUAGCUGCAGAUGCACCGGAGAGGAGCAAUGGUCAAGCCAGCAAGAACCACAGUGGAGCCGCACUGAGGCAAAGCAGCCAGCCCCCCCCCUAGUAUCUGGGGACGUCUCCAACAGUUUCAGGGGUGUGGGGAGCUGAGGAGUGGAAAAUUUCCUCCCAAUCCUGAAUGCCUGCUCAGCCAGACUAACCAACACCCCAGCACAAUUCCUCCCCCUCUUUUAAUCACCUCCUCGUCCCAAAAUGACCGUAGUAGCGGGCGAUAAUAUGGACGAGACCUCAGCUGUCCCCGGCCACCCUCAGGACACCUACCCCCCUGACCACACUGACCACGAGUGCUGCGAGAGGGUGGUUAUCAACAUAGCCGGUCUUCGUUUUGAGACGCAGCUGAAAACGCUCUCCCAGUUUCCGGAGACGUUGUUGGGCAACCCGAAAAAGAGGAUGCGGUACUUUGAUCCUCUGAGAAAUGAGUACUUCUUCGACAGAAACCGUCCCAGCUUCGAUGCCAUCCUUUAUUACUAUCAGUCUGGGGGGAGGCUGAGAAGACCGGUGAAUGUCCCCUUGGAUAUGUUCUCAGAAGAAAUCAAAUUUUACGAGCUGGGAGUAGAGGCGAUGGAGAAGUUUCGUGAGGAUGAGGGCUUCAUCAGGGAGGAAGAGCGUCCUUUACCCGAGAAGGAGUUCCAGCGUCAGAUUUGGCUCCUCUUCGAGCACCCAGAAAGCUCGGGCCCUGCCAGGGGAAUUGCCAUAGUGUCUGUGAUGGUGAUCCUGAUUUCAAUAGUUAUAUUUUGUUUAGAGACUUUACCACAACUGAAAGAGGAUCCAGCAGGCCGAAUAGAGAGAGUGGGGAACAUUACAAUUUAUUAUAAGCCUGACAUCCUUACUGACCCCUUCUUCAUCAUCGAGACUCUCUGUAUAAUCUGGUUCUCCUUUGAGUUGAUAGUACGCUUCCUAGCAUGCCCGAGUAAACCGGCCUUCUUCAAGAACAUGAUGAACACGAUUGACAUAGUGGCCAUCAUCCCUUACUUCAUUACACUUGGCACUGAGUUGGCUGAAGACCCAGAAAACGAGGGGGUGGGAGAGCAGGCAACAUCUCUGGCCAUACUCAGGGUGAUCCGUCUGGUCAGGGUGUUUAGGAUCUUCAAGCUGUCGCGACACUCUAAAGGACUCCAGAUUUUGGGACAGACCCUCAAGGCCAGCAUGCGAGAGCUAGGACUGCUGAUCUUCUUUCUGUUCAUUGGAGUCAUCUUGUUCUCCAGUGCUGUCUACUUUGCUGAGGCAGAGGAGCAAGAUUCUCACUUUGGCAGCAUCCCGGAUGCAUUUUGGUGGGCUGUUGUGUCCAUGACAACUGUGGGCUAUGGGGACAUGGUCCCGGUCACUAUAGGAGGCAAGAUUGUUGGAUCUCUGUGCGCCAUCGCUGGAGUGUUGACAAUCGCUCUCCCAGUGCCUGUCAUCGUGUCCAACUUCAACUACUUCUACCACAGGGAAACUGAGGGAGAAGAGCAAGCCCAGCUGCUCAACGUCAGCACUCCCAACAUCCCGUCUGAAACCAACUCCAGCCGCCGUAGUUCAUCUACCGUCAGCAAAUCAGAGUACAUGGAGAUUGAUGGAGACAUAAACAAUAGCAUCGAUAACUUUAGGGAGGCAAACCUCAGAACUGGCAAUUGCACUAUAGCCAACCAGAACUGUGUAAACAAAAGCAAGCUGCUUACCGAUGUUUAGUCACUAGCUAGGAAUUUUAGUCUCUCUACGAGACUGUUAUAGAUGGAGUAGACCGUAAGUUAGGAAUGCUUCAUUUACCUCCCCAAAGCACUCUAUGGCAUUAGGCCUGCAAUUAUGCUCAGCUAUACCGAAAGGAAACAGAAAAAAAACAAAACAAAGCUGUUAGAGUACAUGACAGGUAGAAAGAAUUAUUAUUCUGAUACUACAAAUAUAUAGUCACAUCAGAGAGAAGACAUUGAUCAUUACACACACACCAGGCUCCCUCGAGGACCCAGAGCACACGCCGUCUUCUCAGACCACAGUGUGAUAAUUAAAAUCUUAUAUGCAUGGAGUACAGAUAACAUUUCAGCAAGUUGCACAACCCACCAGAAAUGACUGC